CACCAGCGCGCUCAACGAAUACAGUUAAAAAGUAAAACUUUUACUUUUUAACUGUAUUUGCAUUCGUAAACCUUGAUUUUUCAGCAUAUCUUCUGUUAUUCAUGACCUGGUUCAUUUAUAUGAAUUGCGUUUGUGUAUGCAAAACGGAAACAAUUUAAAUUUCGGACAGAACUGAAUCUCGAUGACUCUCUUUAACUCCAGAUCCCACAUGCGGUUUUGCGAUAUUUAGUCUUUAUUGUUUGAAUCCUGGCAUAAUCAUGAUCAGGGUAUUCUUCCCAGCUUGCCGAACAUUUGGUGCAGUUGUGCGACCGAAAGGCAUCUGCAGUGCAAUGUGUGUCAGAAGCGUUCAUCAUAUGAUAGAUCUUACUCCUCCGGAUCUCCAUGAAGAUGUGGAGUUCCCUCCUAAAGACCUGUAUAGCACGACUCCCAACAGGCUGCGCAUCAUGGCAAAGGUUCCUCCACCGCCCCCUAAUAUGAAGCCACCGUUCAUGAGUAAAGGUUUUGAUUUAAUGCGCGGUCCUGAAGAAGUCCACAAUACCUUGCUGCAUAAGCAACUUGGAAUUGUAGCGCUGCAGGGUGGCAGGUUGAAAUAUCCCCAUUUCGAGAUGAUGCGGCAUACCAUUAACAAACUUCUGGACACCAAGCGAAUGUUUGCAAUUUGGCGCGUGGACGCUCCGUGGAUGUCUGUCACUAAGAAGAGCCCAGGCUCGCGUAUGGGAGGCGGGAGAGGCAAUAUUCAUCACUUCGUUACGCCCGUGAAACCCGGCCGUAUCAUCCUGGAAGUCGGAGGGGUAUUCAACGAAGCGGAAAUCAUUGAAAAGCUGAACAACGUUGCGUUGCGACUACCGGUAUGGGCCAAAGCAGUUUCACAUCAAAUGAUGGAAGACGAGAAGAUGGAGGAAAAGCGACAGGAGGAGCUGAAUGCUAAUCCAUUUACCAUGAAAUACAUAAUCCAGAAUAACAUGCAAGGGUGUAACAAAUGGACAAGCCCCUAUGAUUAUGUUUGGUUUGGUAAAUACCGGUGAUUUAAUGUUCAUAUACAGUAUCGUUGCUCUUUGUACAAUCGGUAAACUUUUCUAAGAUUUUUAAUCUGUGCGUUUCGGUUUCUUUGUUUGCAUGCGUACUUCUUUCUUUCAAGUUGCCUUGCAAUACCUUGACAACAAAAUUGUGUUCAGAAACAGCACAGCAAUAAAAAUACGUACUACU